GAUGAGACAUAAAUCUGGCACAAGUUGGGCCAGAGUAAGGGGAAUUCCCUGAGUUCCCAAGAUUUUGUGAAUGGGUUGGAGUUGUGCGCACAUUUCUUGCAUUCGUUUCAGCAUCGCGGGGGAGUUUUGUAUAAAGCAAUCGGAAUGAAGCGUGCACUUAGCUUAUUACCGCAUCUACCUCGAAUGAGAUUAUAUUGUAGUGGUUUUCGGUCGUUUUCAAGCAAUCUUGCAACUUCAAUCUGCAAACAAAUCAAGUACUCUGGACCGAUUUCUGUUGCACAAUACAUGAAAGAAGUUUUAACAACCCCCCAUGCAGGAUAUUAUGUUCAUAAAGAUAUGCUGGGGAGACAAGGAGAUUUUAUUACUUCGCCAGAAUUAAAUCAAAUGUUUGGAGAGCUGAUUGCAAUCUGGUUUAUUAAUGAGUGGAGUGCUUUGGGAUCACCAAAAAGUUUCCGAUUUGUUGAACUUGGCCCUGGACGAGGAAGUUUAGCAGAUGACAUUUUGAAGCAAUUUAAGCAUUUUGAACAAAUAUUUAAAGAUGUUGACAUGUCUUUCCAUUUUGUUGAAAUAAGCAAAAGGUUGUCAAAUAUCCAAUAUGAAACUCUUUGCGAUGGAAAUUUGAUGGACUAUUUAGAUGAGGACAAUUCAGAAUAUUAUUUACAAGGUUCUGCAAAAAGAAACAAUGUUCCAUUGCAUUGGCAUAGACAUAUUGAAAAUGUUCCAAGAGACAAAUUCACUUUUUACUUGGCACAUGAAUUUUUCGAUGCUUUACCCGUCCACAAGUUUGUCAAAUCAAGUAAGGGAUGGCGUGAACUUUAUGUUGAUGUCACACCAGAAUCAAAUGACGAGUUGUCAUUGGUACAGUUGCAAGAAGAAACAGUCGCAUCAAAGACGCUAAUCAGGAAUCAUGAAACACGAAGUCACGUUGAAGUAUGUCCAGAGGGACGUACCAUAAUUUCUUCUAUUGCAAAACAAAUAGAAAAGAAUGGAGGAGCUGGUCUAAUCAUUGACUAUGGUCACACUGGAGAGAAAGAAGAUACACUGAGGAGUUUCAAGGAUCACAAGCUUAAUGAUAUCUUUGAUAAUAUUGGAGAUGCAGAUCUGACAGCAGAUGUAGAUUUUAGGUUCCUCCUGGACAACAUUGAAUCUAUUGAUAUACAAAAAAGUGGACCCAUAACACAGAAGGAAUUUCUGACAAAUAUGGGUAUAGAACUGAGAUUAAUGAUUUUGCUCCAACAUUGCAAAGAUUCUGCUGAGAAGAAAAAACUCACUGAUAGCUAUAAAAUAAUGAUGGAUGAGAAAGAGAUGGGAGAAAGAUUUAAAGUGCUUGCAUUGUCAUCAAAGACCAGACAAACUGACUCACCCAUCACAGGAUUUUUUUCACUGACCCAAAACUCUUGACAGUAAUAUUCAAAAUUUAUGUUUUUUUUAAUGUUUCUGAUGGCAAACCUCCACGAAAUAAAAUAAAAUUAAUCAAAAUCCUCUAGCAAUUUUAUUGUAAUCAUGCGAUUGGGAUGAAUGCCGGUAUUAAAUUUCAUAUUUAAACAUGAGCAAUGGACACAAAUAUUAUGGUAUCUCAGAUCUGUGAAUCUUAUUUAAUUAUAUGGGAUAACAUACACAAUAAUAUAUAAUUUCCCUUCUCAGUACAUGCUUUGGUGGAAUUUCUUCCUACUUGUCGCUAUUGGACGAGUAUCACAUUACAUUUGUGAUGAUGCACAUGUAGAUAUCUUCACUCAUGGAUACGUGCAACCACAAACAUCUGCACCGCUUAAAAAAAAUGAGUUGAGUGAUAACGAACGACCAUGGGUGCAAAAUAAUGUAACUUCUCAUCUCCCAGUUACUUUCGUUUAUACAACAUGUUUAACAUACCAACAAAAUUGUGAUUAUCAAAAAGUUUUAUUCAAAUAUAUACAACUCUACAUAGUUUACAUGUUAUGUUUACUAACAGCAUUCAUUGGUUUCAAGAUACAGAGGAGUUUACAAUCUACUGUGCAGUAUAAAGCAUAAUAAAAAAUUAGCACCACAAUUAAAAAAGGUUGUCGAGCACAAAUGAUCCAUAAAGGUACUUUUCAUAUUACAAGGACAUAUUGUUUUGUACAACCAAGAUAAAGUACUGGUAAUCUCUCACAUCACUAUUUCAAACGAGCACCACCAUGAUGAAACAAAUGAGAAUAUAAAUAAUGAUGCAGCAAAAAAGCUAUUGAAUUGUGAGAUCAACAAGGCAUGAGAUAUAUGAAAUCUUGAAGUGGCAUUAGAUAAAGAGUUUUGCGCAGGGUAUGAAAAAUUGUAAAAGAAACUCGUGCAAAUGAUACAUUACAAUGUUUUCAGAGUAUACUGGUUGGAAGACAUUUAACAUGAGCACAAAUGCAGACAUAAUUUAAUAUCAACAGAUGGCUUCGAUUGGAAAACAGAUUGCUCACAACACACUAUAUAAAAAACAAGAUACUGGAAACUUCUUAGUGAAAUCAUCAGAAAAAGGUUUCAACAUAUGGCAGGACUGAUAGAACCAUAUAAAAUACCACAAAGUAGAAACACCAUCAUAACAAAAUCAGAAAUGCUGAUUACUAGUUAUAAUUCUUUGCUAAUGUAGGCUAUAAAAUUGAAGUUGGGGGAUACUCCAUUAACAACUUCCCCCAAAUAGUUAAAACGAUUGGGAUGAAUAAUCGUACAGAAAAUCUAUUUGGUAUGGAUUGGUAACACUAUCAAUAUGAAGUCUGAAAACAAUACAGCAUGAAUAUUUCUUGGAUUGUGACAUAAAAUUGUAUCGUAUGUGGUAUCAGUUUAUAUUAUGAUCUAUAAUAUUUAUCACAAUGACAAUUCUAAUGACAUACUAAGAAGAUAAAGGAAAACUUUCAAAAUUACAAAAAAAAAAACAGGACAACCACACAAACAUAUAGUUCAAAUGAUGGUGAGAUUCAAUGAGCCCUAAUAAAUUCAAACAAGACACUAAUACAUAUAAAUGUAACCAGAAAUUUCUGAAUAAUUGAUUUUGAAAUCAUUACUAAUAUUUCCGAAUCCUCAUAUUUGUAGACAGAAAUUUUCAAAAAAUUAAAUUCGAGAAACAUCAAAUAAGGUUGAAUUAUGGAUUUGUCAAUUGAUGACCAUUUGAU